AUGGGGACUGAACAGGAGCGGGCUGAGCACGCGCCCGCAGCUUCCGGUAUACUUGACCCGCUUCGCCGCCACGCGCUGCCUUUAGUUCGCCUAAUAGUUCGCGCGGCCCGGCCUUUGUUCUGUUCACAGCGUCUCCAGCCCGCCAAUGAGCACACUCGUCUUCGUUGCGAACCAAAUCGCGACAGUCGACACGGCAUAAUACAAGUCUGCGCGAAGAAAUCACAA